AUGCGCGCGCGUACGAUGCGCUCCCUGCGCUCGCUGACGUCGCGGAGCAGCACGCGGAAGACUAGUGACGGGACGGCCGGCGGCACCGGAUCGCGACGCCCCACGCAACGCGACGAGAUUGACGACGCGGUGAAGCUGAACUUCCAGCAGACGGGCAGCGGCUCGGGCCGCGCGAGGGCGCCGCCAACGUACUCGGCCCUCCCUCAACUCGUGUGGCUGAACGUGUUCGUCUCGUUCACCUACAUUUGGCACGUGCUGAAGGUGGCGCUGUGGGUCCGGUUCGUCGUCGCCGUGUUGCCAUCGGAAGAUAACAUCGAGCUCCCGCCGACGGACGGCUUGAAGAAGUGCUGCUCCCGGGCCGUCGGCAUCCUCAGCACCGUGCUCGUCAUCCUCUGCUGCCUCCAGUUUGUCCAGAUCGUGAUGGUGAUGAUCACGACUAUUCGCCGUUCCGUGGAGACGAUGAAGCUCAGCCUGCUCACCCAGGUGUUUGUCAUCUACGUCGACCUGGUGUUGGCCCUCAUCUGCACCACGUACGCGCUCCGGAAAUGCUAUACCCUCUACUGGCCGACCGUCGUCGCGUGGAUCCAGCUUGUCCCGUCGAUCGUCUGGGCCGUCUACGUGAGCACGUGGUUUGGCCAUGUCGAGGCGAUUUGCUACAAGAUCCGUAACCCGUCGAUGCACAUUGAAGACUACCUGAGCCUCGGCACGCACAAGGAGACGGCCUCCGGCACGCAGCCCUCCGACACGAGCACGAAGCAGAAGGAGACGUCGUCGUCGCGCAAGACGCAACGCGUCGUCGACGAGACCAAAAAGGAGAAA